AUGACUGAAAACGAAGAUCAAAAUCAAACAACACGAUUCAUUGACGAUUACAUAUCGUUUCCGAUACUAUGGGAUGCAAACCACAAAGACUACACAAACAAGAUUAAAAGAAACGAUGCCAUUGUCUCGAUAGGCACAAAAUUUAACAUGGACGCGGCGGCAGUAAAAUCUAAAAUAAAGAGCUUGCGAUCGUACUAUUCUAAAGAACGACAAAAAGUACUUAAGAAAAAAUCUGGUUCUGCCACGGAAGAAAAUUAUUCUUCCUCAUGGUUUGCGUAUAAAUCGCUACUUUUCAUUUCUGAUUCAACUACACCAAGGGAAACAAGGGAUAGCGAAGAACAUGAUAACCCGACAAGCGUUAACAAUAAUGAAAACGAAAAUUUUCCACAAAUUUAG